AUGGCCGCUAAGUCGGAUGGAGCAGCGGUGUCUGUGGAAGAUGACAACACGCCCAGGAGCCUGUCGGAUCCGGAGAACCCCGGCGCUCGGCCGCGCUGCACGGCCGCGGCCGGCGGGAAACCGUACACGGUUCUGGACUGCUGCUGGGUUCUGUGCGCGCUGCUCGUCUUCUUCUCCGACGGCGCCACUGACCUGUGGCUGGCCGCCGACUACUACCUGAGAGGCGACUACUGGUGGUUCGGUUUGACGCUCGUCUUCGUCGUGGUGCCGUCCGCCGUCGUGCAGGUGCUGAGUUUCAGGUGGUUCGUCUACGACUACUCUGAGCUGAGCGGCGGAGACGCUGCAGCGAGCGGCGGAGGGGCAGCGGGCGGUGCGGCGGCGGCAGACGUUAUAUCGGGCGACAACACUUUCAGCACCAAGGACAGCGACCCGCGCGGCAGCGGCGCGGCGGCGGCGGCGGGGAACGCCGCCAACGUUUCACCGAUCUACACGUCCUCAGCCCCGCCUGCGACGGCAGCGAGAGACGCUCAGCCCCGGAGGUGCUGCUCCGCGUGCAUGUGGGUCUUUCAGAGCGUGCUACACGUCCUGCAGCUGGGUCAAGUGUGGAGGUAUAUCCACGCCCUCUACCUGGGCGCCCAAAGCCACUGGCAUUGUGAUGGUCCCCGUCGCCACUUCCGCUGGCGGCUGAUGUUUGAGAGUGCUGACAUAACCAUGCUCCGCCUCCUGGAGGCUUUUCUCAAGUCGGCGCCACAACUCGUCCUCCAGCUGAGCAUCAUGAUCCACGGAAACGCUGUCCUCCCUCUGCAAGGUCUCUCGGCCUCGGCCUCUCUGGUCUCUCUCGCCUGGAUGAUUGCCUCCUACCAGAAGGUUCUGCGUGAUUCACGUGACGACAAACUGCCGAUGUCUUACAAAGCCGUCAUCGCACAGAUGCUGUGGCACUUCUUCACCAUCGGGGCGAGGACUGUGGCCUUCGCCCUCUUUGCUUCCGUCUUCCAGCUCUACUUCGGCAUCUUCAUCGUCAGCCACUGGUGCGUGAUGACGUUCUGGAUCAUCCAAGGUGAGACGGAUUUCUGCAUGUCAAAGUGGGAGGAGAUCAUCUACAACAUGGUGGUGGGCAUCAUCUACAUCUUCUGCUGGUUUAACGUGAAGGAGGGCCCCAGCCGCUUCCGCAUGACGGUCUACUACUCUGUGACGCUGGCAGAGAACGUGGCGCUGACUGCCGCCUGGUACACCUACCGUGGGCCGCACACCUCCGACUCCUAUGCCCUGGUGGUGGUGUGCCUGGUGGCCUGCAGCUUCGCCCUGGGAACCUUCUUUAUGUUGGUGUACUACUGCUGGCUGCACCCGGACGGACCUGUUCUGGGCUCACAGUGGGGCAGCUGUGUGAAUGAGGGGGUGGGAGGGGCCGGAGGGGUGGCGGGUGUGAUUGACGCCUGUCUUACACCUUCUCAAGGCUCUCAAACGGACAUGGUCAUCACCAGCCCUCCUAGGACUCUCCCCAGGACUAAAGACACAGGGGAGCCGGUUCCUGGGGAUCGAGACAGUUCCUUACCCAUUUUCCAGGUACGUCCCUCCCCCUCCUCCUCUCCAGCACUCCUUCACAGAACCUCCUCUUCAUCUCGUGCACAGGAAGGUCCUGUAAUCCGGAUUGAUCUCCCCAGGAAGCGAUACCCGGCGUGGGAUGCGCACUUUAUUGACCGGCGUCUUCGCAAGACGAUCCUGCUGCUGGAGACCACGUCAGCCGUCAGCCCCAGGAUACAGUACAGGAGCAGCAUGAUGGGCAGCAAAGAGGUUCUAGAAUAUGAGACGACUGUCUAAGGCCUUAAAGUGCAGUCUGAGAUCAGUUCUCAGCCCAGGACUCCUAAGACCAGUAGAGGAAUGGAAAGGAGACAUGGAGCAUCAAGCAACUCAAAUAGUUUUUUAAAAGGGUUGUAAUGUGUGUAGGCUAAUCUGGGACCAAAGCUGUCCCCGUAAGUCUGAGUCCAGGAGAAUGUAGCAUGAAUGAGCCGUGUGAAGUUCAUGGAGUAAUCCAGAACUGGGGUCAUCUUCAUCUUUUCUAAAAGCUUUGAGGUGAGAAUAAUAAUCAUCCUGGGACCAAGGGGCGACUGAUGGAGCUCCAAUCUGGACAUUAUGAGUUAGAACAUGAAGACAGACAACGUCACAAAGUGUCAGGUUAUUGUGCAUGAAGUUCAGCCUCAGACUGGGACUCCAACAACACAGGUCUGAGUCUGAAUACAAGAGGUUCAUCUGUGCCACAUCAGUUUUUUUUUUUUUUUUAAAUCUGACACUUGUCAACAAUCAAACAUUAAAACUUCAUCAAAUACAAGCAGUUUUAGACUUCUUGGUUUUAGUUAUGAAGGAGAAACUCUGGGAUUCAGAAGGAGUUCACAGUAGAAAUGUUUCUCCUGAAAGGAGCCAGUUGAUCUGGUUCAGGCACUUGGUU